AUGGACUCCCCUUUGACUCAACAAUUGCGGCCAGAUUCAUUCGAGCCAAAGAUUGUUCAAUUAUACCUCCAUUUAUUCAAUGUCCUCGCGAAUGAAGACACUGAAGAUGUCAUUCCAUCCGAAGGCUUCUGGAGCGAGUUCUUUCUGCUCAAGCCUGAUAAGCAGAGACUCUAUGAUAUCCUCGAACCAAUGACCCCCUUUGAUCUACUUCACAUGCAUACACAGAUGCAGGUCUUCUUCAAACGUGCAAUUGCAGAAGCUGGCUCGGGAAUAUCUCCCAGGAAUGAAAAUGCAUUGGAGAACUUGACUGCCUUUCUCUGUGCCGUCUUCAACAAAAAGUAUCCGAAUCCCAACACUGAUGUGAUUCAAGUUCUGGCCGGCCUGGAUGCCGUCGAUAAGCUCAUGUCCGACCUGGUCCAUGGCUUGGAGGGCAUCAUUCGUCAGUCUGCCAAACAAUCCUUCAGAACCAAAGCACUUGAUACUGUCUUAUCGUUGGUUGCUGGUGGAUUUCAUACCAGCCUUGUAUCUUACUUUAUGCACAAGGAUCUUUUCUCUGCUCUCAUGAAAUAUGUUCAUGACAUCCAUGAUAAUCAUGAUGAUGGCGACUGCCUCAAGGCUUUUGUUGUCGUCGGGGUUCUUUCAAGCUAUCACAAAUUCGAAUCCCAAAACGUUUAUCAGAAUCGACUAGAGGAUUUCGUCAACGAGGAGACCAUCCGAAUUCUGGUCCAGCAAUUCGCCUCGGUUUCGGUACAUAUCCGCGAUCAGUAUAUCGACGUACAAGAUGAUCAACCACCUCCUUGGAACAUCAAUUCCACCCUGGUAAUGGUUGGACUUCGCAGUCUUUCAACCGAUGCAAACAAGCCACCGCCCCCAACCGAAGAAGAGGCAAAGACACUGUUCGCUUCUUUGCCAAGACGCGAUGCUUCGGCCAUCCUCUCCCUCUAUUCUUUCACCCAAGCCAACAAAUUAUUUGCAGCCAAUCUCUUGAAUGCGCAUGGCGAAGGUCAUUGUGUGACACCAUUUUCCAAUUUUCUUUCAUCAACCUCGUAUAUCUCGCAUCAUGCCCACAGGGGUGAGCGCCAAGCCACGUACGCCAUUCUCAGUCUUUUAUCACUGCGCAUCAUCAUUGAAGACCCUUUAUUAUCCAAGAGGAUUUCUUCGUCCGAGAAUAAGAUGGGUGUUCGACUGUGCCGUCAACGACCUCCUUAUCUCCCACUAAUCACUGCGGCAAGGGUACCGGCGACUGCCAUCCUUGACAUUUGCACGGAUGCCCUCAGUCAUAAUCUUCGAAAAAGACUCGAUGUUCAGCUCUACAGUCUGGCACUGAGUAUUAUCUUACGGGUCGUCACGUACUUGGAGCGGUCCAAGAUUCGUCUGCAGCACCACUGGUCGUAUAUCUGGGGGUCGCUUCUGUCACUCAUGAAAUUCCUGACACAAUACGCUCCAGAUCUGAAGUACCUGCGUGGUAUUCGCGAGGGUCUCUGUGCGACCUUGACCAAUCUGGCGGCUUUCUGUCUGUCUAAAGGAGAUGGGUUUCUCCCCGAUCCUGCCAGUUAUGAUGAUCUCUUCUAUAAAUUGAUCGAGGCGAAUGAUACGCUAGAUAAGUUCAAGCAGGCUUAUUGUGACAUGGGCUCGCCUUCAGACGCUUUGAACCAGUCAGUCAAAGCGUUGAUCAGUGUGUCGUCGCACUAUCAUGAACUUUUGAAAGCGCAGCAUGGGAAGAAGACGCAUCAAUCACCAACGGCGAUUCAGAAGGUCAUCAAAGAAGGAUAUGACACGUUAAAUCUGGAAGCUGAUGCCGACUUUGGACAGUGGGACAAAUGGCGUGAGAAUGACUGGAAGGCAGAACUCAAAAGAAUGAUCCGGGUCUCUGUGGAAGACGCGAGGUUGUUGGCUUUGAGUUGA